CAGCAAGAGGGCGUGUCCCGUGUCUGUUUCUCACGCUGCCUGGCGUUAUAGGAAAUAGUGAAGGCAGCUGCAAUGCUGGUGCUCAGAAUGGAGGCCAGCCGAAGAACAAUGAUACCUCAAACGCUCAUAAACAUCCGAUGACAACGCUUCUCACCGACCUCAUAUCACCUCCAGCACAAAGACCACUCAAAAUCGGUAACCAUGCAGUCGGCGGCACGACCGCAGACUAUUGGUUACAGGCAGUUAGAGAACAUGUUUUUUCCGCGUCGAACACGACUUCAACGAACUUACGAAAAGUUCGAUUGUAUUGUUCCUAGCCUAUCAGCAGCAAACGAGGGUCUAUCGCUUGCCCAAAGGCCUGAACACUUGCGGCUGGUAGAAGAGGGAUUUGAAAUCACCGAUGCAACAGUUGAUUUCGUUCUGUGCAAAGCAAGCCGGCGCGGUAAAUUUAGCUGCCGACAAAGAGCUGGCAGAAAUAAAGCCAAAGCCUCACUAUCGGAGGACCUUAUCCAAACGACUCUUACCUAG